AUGCGGAAGCUUGGGGAGGCCAUUGACAUAAUUGAUGAAAAAAAUAUGGUGAACAUGGGAUUGAAAGAAGGUAGACUUAGCGAUAACUUUGUCUACUGCCUAAGCAAACUCGAAGAAAACAAGAAUAGAGCAAGACCAGCAAAAAGGAGGCGCCUCGAUCAAGAAUCUACCGCUAACCGGAGAAAAAGAGAUCGUGUUGAAGAAAAGGGGGGCGGGCGUUUUCGGCAAUCAAGUGAAGACGUCGUCAGCACAACUUUGGGGGCCUGGCCGUCAGGGAGCGGGGCAGACGGAUAA